CGGCUCUGGUGGUGGCGGGGCUCUCUGAGCCUCUGGCCUGUCCAUGUCGAUGAACCAUUUGACAGGACUCCAUGUUUGAAAAUCAAGCAUGGCCCUUGCAAUGAUUGCCUGAGAGCUGUGAGAGGACUGGGCUGAAACAUGGCCCUGCGUAGGCGAGUUCUCUGCAAGCUUUCCCAGCGCAGGGACUCAGUUGCAGAAAGUGGCCAAGUUUGGCGCACUUCUGAUGAAGGUCUAGGAGUAGGGGCCAGGGGGGGCAAGCAAGAGCAUGCUGGGGCAAGGUCCUCAAGUCCGGAGUGUGAAAGAGAGUCUGAUCUUCAACGGAGAGCCGCAAGCGGGAGCAUAACAGGAAACGGCUCUGACAAAAGGGAGUCUGCCUUUAUUCAGAGUGCUGAAAGUCUUUCUCCAAGGGGCCAGCAGACGUCAGCGGCAAAAAGCGGGGGUCGCUUCUCACAGCCACUUCCCGGCAGACUUCUUUCCCCCUUGCUGCAUCACCCUUCGGGUCUGAAGUGUGCCCUCUUGCCAGCACACGGCAGCGUCCGCCACUACAGGACCGACAGAGACCAGCGUUUUCACUUUGGUCAUGCUCAGCCUUUCCAGCCCCUCAACGACCACUCUGCCCACGAAUUCAGGGGGCUCAGCAGCGAAACGCCUGGCCUCUCAUCCGAUCUCAGCGGCGCCCCCUCUGUAUCGUCUCCAAACCCCUCGUUAAGCACACCUCCUCAUCAACGUCCCCCUGAGAGCGCCCGACGCACCCUCCUGUACGGCGCUCUGGCCGCGCUUCUUCUCUCCGGGGGGGCAGCCGUCGUGGCCAACGGCGACGUGACACCUGGCAAGGUUCUGAACACGGACCCUCGGGCGGUGAUGCGCUCCGCAUCCCAAAGCAUGCGCGGGGCUGCGCAUGAGGUCCGGGCCCGCGCUCGCGAGGUUUCGAGCGCAGCCGCCGAGCAAUGGGAAGAGCUGUCGGCUGCCACAUCGGCAAUGACGUCAUCUGCGGGGGCGCUCGCGAGCUGUCUCGUGACAGUGCUCUGGGGCCCUCUGGAAGAGAUGGAGGAUGUGCACAGUCGGGGGCGCUCGCUUUUACGGGCUCGCAUAGCGGCGUUAAUCGCUGACUUUGCAGCGAAUCGCGAGCGGCGGAACGCAAUCGCGCGCGCUGGGGAGGGGAAGAUCCUGCGGUGGUUACUGGGGCAGGUCAGCCGGGAAGAACCUGCGGUUAGGAACGAGGCGGCGCGGGCUUUGGGCUACUUUUUGGACGACAAGAGGACGGCGGGGGCGGUCCUGGCGCAGCGGGGGGCCGUGCCGCGGCUGUUGAAGUAUUGUGAUAUGUUGCCACGGGUGCAGAUGCUGCCCCCAACCAGGGACUGGGACUUGGAAGAGGACCUAGAAGACAUCGACCACGCCCACCCCGGCCAGAGGCUUCUGGUCGCUUCUCUCGCGAAGCUCGUCGCGGGGCCUGACGUCAGCAGCUGGACACGUGGCAUCCACCUGUCUUCCGACGCAGACCCUGACGACAUCGCCACGGCGUUGCAAGAGAUGCGCUCGUUUGAGCGGGAUUUGGACGAAGAAGAGGAACGGCGGAAGAGGGGCCUGGGCGGAAGGGACGGCGGCGGAGUGCAGGGCAUCGGGAUCCGGGUUUUGGGAGACACGUCUAUCGUAGGCGUUCAGCGGGCUUGGGAAGGAAGCGAGCGCGUUUCUUCUUCAGGCCGGGAGGUUUUAGAAGGCGACCUGAAAGGGAUCCCUUCGUCGGAAAGGAGCGCCGCGGUCGGUCAGGGGGACGAGAAGCGGAGAUCGAGCCAUUCCCAGGCAUCUACUUCAAGUUCCCAGCCGUUGUUCAUCAGUCAACAACCAUUCGGCUUGUUCAGAGGAGUCUUUGCGGACAGUGUACCACCGCUAGAACAGUCUGCAGUAAACAGCACGCCUCGGAAGGUAGGAUUCACCAUCCCGGAUCAUAUUCCGGGUGUAGUUCGCCGAGAUCACCCUUUGCGCAGCGGGCCGAGCGGCCUCGGUAGUUUCCUACUGGGGGGCGAGAGCAGCCCCGCCCUGGACGAGAUCAACCUGGGCGGCCAGCUGGCGACGUGGGCUGUUGCCACGUGGGCAGCGGGGUCGCCGAAAAACAGGGAGCAGAUUGCGUGCCUGGACGGCGAUGGGGGAGCGCUCGAAGCUGCGCUGAGGCACCCCGAUCCGAGCGUGCAGUUUCAUGCGGCGAGGGCGAUCGAGGAGCUUGCGAAAGACCAGACGGAGUGGGCCGAAGGCGCGGCUGCCACGUGGACCCCCCCUCUCCUUGGCAUGCUGGCCGGCACUCUCUUCCACGACCCCGCCCUCCCGAGCCGCCUCUCCCCGGGGGGCAUCUCCGCCCUGGCGUCUACGGGCGUUCGAGCGCUCGGCGCGUGCGCCAACCGGAGCCCCGAGAGCCGCGGGUGGCUGGGCGCGCAGGGUUUGGGGGUUUUGCGGCGGCUGGCGGCCGACGAGCGCCUGGGGGGCGCCGUGCAGCGGCCUCUGGCGGGGCUGCUGGAGCUGCUGACGAGGGAGGGGGACGUGGACAAGGACGAGCUGAAGCUUUGGAUCCCGAUCUUCCUCAAGUGGACGUCGCAUCCUGCGAGCCCCCCCGACGUCCGUGCGUCCGCUACUGCGACCCUUCAAUUGAGCAUCGAUGCGCUUGGACCCGACGGGAAACUACUAAUGGAGGCAUGGCUGGCGACUCUGUUAUCGCUUGUCGGUAACGACGCCAAAAAAGCGGGCCCGAAACCGACGGACGCACACGGAGUGUUGCAGAACCAAGCGGUGGUUGCUGCGAAGUCCGCGCUCGACCAGCUAGAGAAAGUUAUGGCCCAGCAGGCGGUGACGGUUGGUGCUGACGUGGCAGCUGACGUGGCGCCGGAGAAGCGCGGGUGGUUUUCGUUCGGGGGCGGCAGGAAGGGCCCGCCGAAGCCGGUCGCCGAAGCGGACGUUUUGCUCGCGGUGUCGAACGCUUUGAAAGCGCUGGCGGAGGUGAUCGCCGAGGACGGCGCGCGGCAGCGGCGCGUGCUGGACGCGGGGGGUUACGCGCUCUUGACACAGUUUCUGAGAUCGGCCCACUUCGGCGCGACGGUGUCAACGCAGCAGUGGCAGAGCGCGCGCGAGGGCGCGGGGGUGACGAAGGAGAACGGGAAAGCGCCCGCGAAGCCGCCGAAGCAGAAACGGCCGUAUGUGAAGCGUCAUGCGCUGCGAGUUCUGGCAAAUUUGUCGAUUCAUCCGCAGUUGGGGGCGCUUCUUGGGGGCGACCAGGCGCUGGUGAACUGGCUGGAAGAGGUCGCCGACGGGCGGGUGGCAGCCCAGAAAGGCGAUCUGAAACUGCGGAGUUUUGCGAAGGAGACGCUGUUGCACCUCGCGUUUUGGAAGCGGUGCGGGACGGGAGAGGGGGAGGGGCUGGAACUGAAACCUUGGCCUCGAUACCUUGACGGAAUCUACCUGCUUGAUCCGACCGCCCCGCACUUUCGCACGUGCUUGAGUGGAGGGUCGAGAGGUCAGAUUGCGAACGAAUCGGCCGGAGUAACGGAUCUGGGUUCGAAUGGAACGGGCGAAGCAGCGAAAGUUGAGGAAGCUAGGGAGGGCGGAGCUUUGAAGGGGGCUUCGAGUGAGAGGGAAGUUUCGAACGGUGGAAGAGCGGCGAGCGCGAAGGUCCCAGUAGGAAGCGCAGGCCAAGGGGAGGCAGAAAGUGGGCAGGAGAGCGAGGGCGAAGUGCCCGGAUUGGUGCACCCAGCGGCGACGGUCAUAGGCGAAGGGAAGGGAGAAGAGUCGCUCGGAACUGAGAGCGUGGGAGCGUCGGAACAAGCGGAAGAGGGGAUAGCCUCUGAGGGAAGCGGAGCAGUUGGUGCGCAGCAUAGUAAGGGCGACGCAACUGAACGAAACGGAAAGAGCGGAACAAGUGAGGGAGUAAGUAAACCGGACGCUGCCACUGGGAAUGAUCAGCCGGGUGAUACAGCGGACAGUGUCCGCGAGGUGCUGCAGGAGUUUUCGGACAGACAGGGCGAGGUCACGUCACGGCAAAAAGUAGCGGUCAAAGUAGGAGUAGAGAAGCUGUUGCCUAACGCGCCGGCUAGCAUGCACUCAGCGGCAACUAGAGCGGGAGAGGGUCAGGUCGACGGCGCAAGCGGCGCCCGAUCUAGCCCCGUACAGCUCCCCCACCCCCCGGAAAAGGGGGAUUGCCCUGAACCGUUGAUCUCCGAGCCGGCACUCGACGUGGUUUUCAUCCACGGCCUCAUGGGGGGCGCGUACAAAACCUGGCGCAUGACGGACGACAAAACGAGUGCGAUCAAAGCCGGGGGGGUGGUAGAAGACCUCCGGGAAGAGGACCGGCCGCGCGAGGGCGACGGCUGCUGGCCCACCGACUGGCUCGCGAAAGACUUGCCUUCCGCCCGGUUGCUGUCCACCGAGUACAAAACCAACCUGACUGAGUGGUCGGGGGCCACCCUCCCAUUGCAAGAGUUAAGCGCGCACUUAUUGGAAAAGUUGCUCGCGGCCGGGGUUGGCGAGCGCCCGGUGAUUUUUGUGACGCACUCGCUGGGGGGCCUGGUUGCGAAGCAGAUGCUGCAGCUGGUGCGGUCGGAGGAGAAGUACCGGGCGCUCGGGGAGCGGAUCCGGGGGAUCGUGUUCUACAGCUGCCCGCACUUUGGCAGCCGCCUCGCGGACCUGCCCUCGCGCAUGGGCGUCGUGCUGCGGCCAGCGGCCGCAGUCGGCGAGCUGCGGUCUGGUUCACCCCGGCUGGAGGAGCUCAACAAGCUGCUCAAAAAGGAGUACCAGAAGGGCCGGGUGGACGUCAUCAACUUCAGCGAGGAUAAGGUGACCCCCGUCGUGGAGGCGUACGGCGGCGUGAAGCUGCGCAUGGAAGUGGUGCCAAUAGAGUCAGCCUAUCCGGGCUUUGGGGAUCUCAUUGUGCUCAGAGGGACUGAUCACGUGAACGCGUGCAAGCCGCUGAACCGGCAAGAUGUUGCGUACACUAAGACGUUGGAGUUUCUGAGGAAGCUGGAGGGGGCGAGCACGGAAACGAAGCAGAACGGGGCGUAAUGGGAGUUGCUAGUCUGCUCGGAGGGGCUCAAGUGGCGUUCGAAGGGGCCGCGUCUUGGAACUAAAGUUGCGUGAUGUUGUACGCCGGUUCGACGCUCAGUUUAUGGGCAAGGUCGUGCAGCCUAAUCAUCCAAUUGAGCAUUUAACGGCUGCGUGAGCAUUGUUCGCGUAAUUGGCUAAUCUCGUACGCGUUAUCUAUUCCCCCAGAGCGGCAAAACCGCGGAUGAAC